GGUGGUUGUCAAUUUAUCAUAAUCUAUGGUACGUCACGUCAUCUCGCGAUUAUGUCGUAUUAAUGUUAUUCUAUUCUAAUUAGUUAAAUAAUUUAAAUACCUCCAGUAUAAAGAAUUUAUAUUAAUUUGUGUCGAGCGCAUGUUUGCGUAUUAAAGUGUUAGAAGUGAAGUGAAUUUUAAAUAAGCAAUCGAAUAAAAAACGUCUACAAAAAUGUCUCGUCCAGGCCCUACUUACGUGAACCCUAACAAAUUGUUCGAGGAUGACGAUGUUGACGAUGACACAUUCGUUAACAGUUUUAGAUCAAGAAUUCCACCUCCACAACAAAGUAGACCAGCACCUUCUGCAUACGGAAGUCAAAUUUCAGCUUUAGAACAACAAAGACAAGCUAUGUUACAAAGACAAAGAGAAAUCGAACAACGAACAUUGGAUUCAUCCUCGCGCAGCAUAGGCCUGUUGCGCGAGUCCGAACAAAUUGGAAUCGCUACCGCUGAAGAACUCAGCCGCCAGCGAGAGCAACUACAAAAUACGAACAGCCGUCUCGACGAAAUUAAUACAAAUUUAAACCACAGUCAAAAGCAUCUAAAUGGUAUUAAAUCAGUUUUCCACAGUUUCAGGAAUUACUUAUCUGGUAAACCGGAUCAAACACCUAGGCCUUCCCCAAGCACUAGGAAUGCAGGACCUAGCAGCAAACUGAAUGAUACAAUAGAUAAUCUGACGACACAAGCCACUGGUGAUGACCACUUCCGAUCACAUCCGGCCACAAGGUUGCGUGAAUUAGAUGGCAGUGCUCAGAUGAGUGCGCCUAUAAGUGACAGCCAGCGUUUCAACCAGGUUCUGGAUGCUAACCUAGAUGAAAUGGUACACACCAUAUCCAGACUUAAAGGCCUUGGAAUUGCUCUUGGUGAAGAAAUUGAACAGCAAAAUGACCUCAUAGACACAAUCCAAGAUAAAGUUGAAGAUGCUGAUAUUAAGAUGAGCAAGCAAAACAAACUGAUGAAUAAAAUACUUGGUAAAUAAUAGUCCACAUUCCUUUUUUUGUUAAUAUUGAACUAAAUGCACCAACUGAAAAUUUCAGUCGAAGUUAUCUCAUGGAGGGAUGCUCAAGUGCAAUAUUGAAUAGUAUUAGCAUAGCCCCAUAUUUGUAUAAAGUAUGAACUGAUCUUUGGAAAUGUAUUGCAUAUUAUACAUUUGUCUAUAAGUAUAACAUUUCCAAUUGGAAACACUAGCUCAUAAUAAUAAUAUGUAAACACAAUUAUUUAUGAAGUGUUGGUAUAUUAUAGUGCUAAUGUAUUCUUAUAAACAAACAUGUGCAUAAAAUUUUGCAGUUGCCUAGUUAUUAUUAACAAUAAGAGAAUAGAAAACAAAUCAUUUAGAUUUUAUCCUGUUAUAUUUUAUGCAAUAAAUAGGCACUUGGUUACUGUUAGUUAAAUGACUGGGAAAAUAUAUCUGCACUGCAAAUAGUUUUAUAGUUUGAUAUGUUUAAGUAGUCAAUUAUUGGAAUGUAGUUUUUCACAUUUCUGAUAACAAUAACCACAUCUAUAGACUUGACUGCAAAAUUUAAAUAGGAUUUUGUACUUCCUGAUAUACCCAUUAAAAUUAAUUUGCAAAGUGUUAUUUUGUUGUAAGCAAUAAUUAUUCUAUUAUAAUGUACAUACUUUUAUAGAAUUUAUUACUGUUGUGCUAUGAUUGUGUUUAUUUUUGUGAUGUGAAUUUAGAAUCUUUAUCAAGAGACUUCUCAUUUAUUUUUAACAAUUACUGUAAUCAGCCUGAUUCACCAUUGAGCCUUAUCUGCCAAUUAAUUCAUACAUUUUUAUCAAAAACCUAGAGAGCAUGUAUAACUCACAUUCAUUAUCCACAAAAAUAUUUGCAUGCAUGAAAUGUUGCUCUGUGUACAGAGUAGGUAUGUGGAAAUAAAGAGUUUCUAUCAAAA